AUGCAAUACACUCUUGAUAUACUAUUGCUAAACCGUAAAACUGUUUUUGAAGAUCUAUCAAGUGAACUAUUUUUUGAACUAUUCGAUUUUUUCCAUUUUACUGAAUUAUACAAUACGUUCGCUCAUUUAAAUCGGCGAAUUGAUGGUUAUUUAGCUCAACUGUCAAAUAUACAUUUAGAUUUGUCCUCAACAAAAUAUAAAUUGAUCACGAAAUUAAAUGAACGGCAAAUAUUAUCCGUAAAAUCAUUAAAAUAUAUUACGUUUGAACAGGAAGAUCAACAUGAAAAACAAGAAUUUUUCAUUCAAUAUCCAUUAAAAUUAUUUCGACAAUUACGUUCGUUAAGCUUACGAUUGAUCAUUACGACAACCGAUCUUCCUAUGAUCAUUGAUCAAUUGCCACUGUUGACUUAUUUAACAUCCUUGAGUAUUGCUUUUAAUUUAUUUCAGUCGAAAUUAACUGCAGAUGAUCUUCGACGUACCUAUGAAAUAAUAUUUCAUUCUUGUACUCAUUUGAAAACAUUGAAAUUUGCUAUAAUGGAUCAUAAUGAUUCACGUAAAAGAACGCACAAUGUACCACUAUUUAAUCAACCGAUAACAACUAACAUUGAAUAUUUAAAUAUCUACCAACUCUAUUUCGAUGAAUUCGAUUGUAUUUUGUCACCGUCAUUCUUACCUAGAGUAAAAUCAUUGACAGCAACGAUUUAUGAUAAUCCACCACAACAGGAUUUUCUUAAUGACGGACUGACAGUUGAUUUCCUUACAAAUCUUGUGGUAAACUUUAAUUGGGGAUUUACAUUUACAUAUCUCGAGUCAAUUUUUAAACGAACACCAAAUUUAAAAUCAUUUCUUAUUACGUCAUCUCCAAUAACACUAAUCGAUUGUCAAAAAUGGCAAUAUUUCUUAUCUAGAUACUUAGUAAAAGUUGAAAAAUUUCAUUUACAUGCAUGUGAUUGGGAACAACGACAAUGGUCAAAGAGAAAUGAAUACAUAGACUUUCAAACAUCGACAUAUUGGAUGAAAGAACGAGACGGUGUUGUUAAAGCGGAAUGUCAACAAUCAUUGGAUGAAGAAGGCAAUGGACUCGAUUCAAUAUCUAUUACUUUUACAACAACAAUAUUUAAAAAUAUAAUGCCGAAACGUAAAACAGGACAACGAAAAAAAGCUGAGAAACAAAAAGAACGACAGAAAUUAUUACAAUCAGCUUUCUAUAACAAACAAUUAGUUGAAUGGCCUUGCAAUUUUCUGAUGGAUUGUGAUAAAUGCAAAAAACAACAGAAAAAUCGUGCAUUUUGUUACUUUUGUCAAACAUUACAAGCAUUACCUGUAUGUGCACAAUGUGGAAAACAAAAAUGUCUAUCGAAAACAGGUGAUUGUCUUGUUAAACAUGGAAGUAUACAUGCUACAGGUCUUCAGUUAGUGGGUGCUAUUUGUGAUUUUUGUGAAGCAUGGAUAUGUCAUUCAAAAAAAUGUUUAACAACACAUCCAUGCCAAUGUCCAUUACAAAAUGGUGAUUGUAUUGAAUGUAAUCGAAGCGUUUGGGAACAUGGUGGACGAGUUUUUCAAUGUUCAUUUUGUAAUCAAUUUCUUUGUGAAGAUGAUCAAUUUGAACAUCAAGCAUCAUGUCAAGUAUUAGAGUCAGAAAAUUAUAAAUGCGCAUCUUGUAGUAAACAUGGUCAAUGGUCAUGCUUAAGAUGUAAAGUAUGUUAUUGUGACGAACAUAUUAGACGACGUGGUUUUAAAUAUACUCAAGGUGAAGCAUUUCCAUGUCCGAAAUGUAAUUUUCCAACAAAAGAAACGAAAGAUUUAUCAAUGUCAACCCGUGCUUAUGGUUAUGGAAGAAAAGUUCAAAAUGAUUACGAAGAUGAUGAUGGUUUAGGUAUCAAUAGUGGUUGUGAUUAUUUUAUACGUGGUGAAGGUAGUCAAAAUUUUACGUUUGGUGGAAAAUCUAUUGAAGAACGAGCACCAAGAGAUGACGAUGAUGAAAGUGAUGAAGAUGAAGAUGAAGAUGAAGAUGAAGAAGAGGAUGAGGAAGAAGAAGAAGAAGACGAAAACGAAGAAGAUGAUGAUGAUAAUGAUAAUGAUGAGGAUGUAGAAGAUAUUGAAAAAUCUCCUGAUCAAGAAAGUUAA